AUGGUACCGAAAGCAUCAUUACACGGGAAGAAGAAGAAGGACCUAAUAGAAAAACCAAUAGCAAAAACAAAGAAGAACAAAAAAAAGAAUUAUCAAAGCUUCUCUAUCUAUCUAUUUAAAUUAUUACGAAGCGUUACAAAAGAGAACUUCGGUAUUUCGCGACACUCGAUGUUGAUUAUGAACAAUUUCGUCAACGAUAUGCUGGAAAAGAUAGCCUCGGAAGCUGGUAGGUUAGCGAACCACAGCAAGAAGACGACAUUGAGCAGUCGGGAGAUACAAUCGGCGAUCAAAUUAUUAAUACCCGGCGAACUAGCGAAACACGCUGAUAUAGAAGCGAUGAAAGCAAUAACAUUGUACCACAGAAGUCAGGAAAUAGACUCGAAAUUGCACUGA